AUGGAAUCAGCACAACAACAACCAGCACAGUCUACCACUGCUGAUAAUGCAAAGUGCCCUGUUGACCAUACCCAAUUCCAAAAACCCUCAGAAGAAACAAAGUGUCCUGUCGAUCCAAGUGCUUAUCAACAUUUCUUACCUAAAGACCACCAACAGCAACAACAGUCUUCUGACACAGCAGAGAAAUGUCCUGUCGACCAUACCACAUACAAACACUUUUUGCCACAGCAGCAGGAAUCGUCUAAAAAAGCCGAUGCAGACGGCUGCGAUUCUGACGCGAUCGAUGCACGAAACAAUAUGCCUUCUGUCGCACAGCAAACACCGGUUCCCGGACAAAAGAUGCCACUAGGCGUUGAGCGUGAAAUAUCGACUAUUCCACGCGCAGAUGUUGAAGAGCAGAAAUGGAUCUAUCCGUCAGAGCAAAUGUUUUUCAAUGCGAUGCGACGCAAGAAUUGGAACCCGGAAGAGCGAGAUAUGUCAGUUGUGGUGCCUAUCCACAAUGCAGUCAACGAGAUGGCAUGGAUGAAAAUUCUCGAAUGGGAAAAGAUGCAUCAAACUGAAUGCAAUCAGCCAAAGCUGGUAAAGUUUCAGGGACGACCCAAAGAAAUCACGCCCAAGGCUCGAUUAUGGUCAUGGUUUGGAGGUUAUCAGGACCCCCGACGACCCGAGUCCAUCAGCUUCUACCUUGAUGUACGACCGGCUGUCUCGUUUGGUGGUGUUUGGGACCGCAUGAGAAUGUCGUUCAGAAAGGGAGAAUUCAUCUAA